UCUGUUCACUCCACACUCCAGAUCAAUAGGUGGCGGUAAUGCACCUUUAAGUUGGUUUGCCAAAACCGCCAAUAAACAUCAGAAGAAGAAGAAGAAGAAAAGUGUAGUUCGUACUGUGGAGCGCACACACCGAAAAGAUGGAGCUGUCGGCGGUAGGAGAGCGGGUAUUCGCCGCGGAAGCCAUCCUGAAAAGCCGCGUUAGGAAAGGUCGAAUCGAGUACCUGCUUAAAUGGAAAGGUUGGGCACUAAAACACAGCACAUGGGAACCAGAGGGGAACAUCUUGGAUGAUCGACUCAUCACGGCCUUUGAGCAAAAGGAGCGGCAGCAGGAACUUUACGGCCCAAAGAAACGUGGACCUAAACCAAAAAACUUUGUACUAAAGGCACGGGCACAGGCGGGUGAUAGACCCCGGAGCUCAAAUACCCAACGCACUCCACCUCGCACCACUGCGAAGCCUCCCGCCUCUUCCUCUUCUGCAAGUGCAGCUCCUCCUCCGCCUUCAUCAUCCUCUUCCUACAACACUGCUCCAACCCCCAGAGUGCACUCUCUCGCCGCUGCUCAUAAACUGAAGAAAGACAUCCAUCGUUGUCAUAGGAUGUCUCGGCGACCUUUGCCACGACCCGACCCCCUAGGUGACCCCAUGGGAACCACAUCCUUAUCCCGUCCUCCCAUCUCUCCGUUCUCUGAAACUGUCCGCAUCCUCAACCGCAGGGUCAAACCGCGGGAGGUUAAGCGAGGGCGCAUAGUCUUGAACCUGAAGGUCAUUGACAAAUCCCAAAUCCCAUCCCGGAAUCGCAUCAUUGGGAAAAAGCAUGGGGACAUGCCUUACAGGCCUUUCCAGCAUCCUAUGAAGAUGCUGGGCUUCCCGAUGUAUGGCCAACCAUUCGGGCUUAACCCCUGUGGGUCAAUGUCCUCCAUGGCCAAUGAAGGAUCCAACACCGGAGUCAAUCGGAGAGGUGGAGGCUGCUGUGAUAGCCAUUCCUCUGCAAAUGCGCAGAAGUUUCAAUAUCAGCCUCCACCUUCUCCAUCCAGCUCCAGUGGGUCUAACAACAGCUCCCCUUCACCUCAGAAACAAGUGACUCAACCUGAAGCUCCAACUAAAUUGGACUCUGCAGCCUCAUCACGUUCCCGAGAUGCCUCCCAACCUCACCCAAAGUCCAGCUCUGUGCCAUUCCUCCCUUCCUCACCCUCCUAUUCAUCCUCCUCUCUUGAAGGCGAAAAUCAGGGCUCUCCGAAUCUCGUCACUUCUCAGGGCGGAAAACGGAAACUUCGACAUCGAACCCAGGUGGGUCGAGCUUCGGUCUGCCAGGUUAGUGACCGCAAUACUGCCCCACUUCCUGAGGAAAACAGGGUGCCAAAAGAGGGGGAUCCCGAUUGGCACCCUGAAAUGGCACCCAGCUCUGCCAAUGUAGUCGUGACUGACGUCACUACAAACCUUCUCACAGUCACCAUCAAGGAAUUCUGCCAUUCGGGAGCUGGUUCUGAACCCUCCUCCCCUUGCCAAGCUGACAAACCACCCUGUCCCACCACAGUUGCCUCUUGAAAGUUCCCCCUAAAUGUCUCCAAUAAAAAUAUCUGCCCACUAAACCCCAAGAGAACUUGCCAUAAUGAUAUUCACGCACCCUAAAAUAGCUGCCGUUAAUGAAAUUAAAAUGUAUUUUUUGGGUGAAAUUAAGAUAUAUUGAAAUAAUAUUUUAAGGCAGAGGUGCUUUCCUUGACCUGUAAUUUUUAAACAUGUUAUGAUGGUUUUGUAGUACUUCAUGCUUUUUUCCCCCCUCUUUUUUUCCCCAGUGAUCCUGUCUUUCCACAGCCUUUUUCCCCUAAGUAAUUGCACCUUGUCUUGUCACCUCCAGUCCUGUAGAGACCACCAUUCCCAUAUCUCCAGAGUAGACCUAAAGCUCAGAAUCCACCCAAGAAAUGUUGAUCUCAACAGCUCUUUUGGACUCGAGAUGUUGCACCAAGACAUUUUUAAUCUUUUGAGGUCCAUUUUCAUUGGGAUACCGAACACAAGAUGCUUUGGAAGUUCAGCCAUGAACUUAUGAAGUAAUGUCAUACGCCCAUUUAGGCAUCCAACCCAUGCAUUGAUCUCACCAACCUUCUCUCGUGCUAAUGAAGAACUUUGCUGAUGAAGAACCCAAGUCAUUGUGAAGCUCGCUGCCUAUCACACGGGCAUAGACAUGACUAUUUAUAUGCACCAAGCUGCAAAAUCCUGAGAUCAGUUAAAUUAUUUCCUUCGGCUUGAACUCUGAUCCAGUUGUCUGCCGAGACUCUAAACUGACUCAAGUGUGAAUGCUGAGGACUGCAUCUGUAGUGUGGUACUGUACGUUAAACCUUCCACUCUAUCUAUCUAUCUAUCAGGAAAUAUUGGUAUUCACAUUAUUUAAACAAAAGUGGUUUCUGUGCAUCCCUAGUAGAUACACCACUUGCUGUCAGUUGUAGUUAAACAUUAAAAGAAUAGUUCAUCCAAAAAUGUACAUUGUUUUAGCAUUUUCAUUCAUUUACUCACCAUCAUGUUGUUCCAAACCUGUACGAUUUGUG